AUGGUGACGGCCACCUCCACGGCCAGCUCCGCUUCGGGCUCGUCGACAACAACGCCUGCCACUCGCCGCCAAGCCCUCGCCCGUCUCACUCUCAAAGGCAAGCUAUAUCAGAAAGGUUCUUCGACAGAUGCACUACUGAAGCGCGUCCGCCAAGUACGCACCGAACUCAGCGAAAUGGAUCAGGAUGCCGUCGACGUAAACUCUCUCAAGGACGUCUGCAAGGAGCUCGUCACGCCUGCCCUCAUGCUUCACAAGGACAAGGCGGUCAAGGCCAAUGUCGCCUGUUGCCUCGCCGACAUGCUCCGCCUCUUUGCUCCUAACGCUCCCUUCACUCCAUCCGAACUGCGCGACAUCUUUCAGUUCUUUUUGCAUCAGCUCACCAUGCCUCAAGCCGGGCUUUCCAAACCCAAUGGCCCACAGUAUCCCGAGUACUUUUACCUUCUCGAGAACCUGAGCAACGUCAAGUCGGUCGUGUUGAUCUGCGAUCUCACCAACGCCGACGAGCUCAUGACCGACUACUUCAAGGGCUUUCUCGACCUCGCGCGACCAGACAUGUCCAAGAAUGUCGAAAUCUGCAUGGCCGAUGUGCUCGUCCAGCUCAUCGACGAGUGCGUCACGCUUCCUUCCGAGGUGCUCGAUCUUCUUCUCGCCAAUUUUACCACCAAAGCCAUCAAGCACAAUCCUUCCGCGCAUCGCAUCGUCGUCGAGGUCUGCUCCAACACCAAAGAUCGUCUGCAGAAGAACGUCGCCCAGUACUUUAGCGAAGUCAUUCUUUCCGCUACCCAGGAAGAGGAUCACGACGAGCGUCUCGAAAGCCUGCAGACCGCCCACUCGCUCAUCGUUCACAUCAACCGCGUCGUCCCCUCGCUUCUUCUCAACGUCAUACCCCAGCUCGAAGAGGAGCUGCGAAUCGAAGACGUCCAGCUUCGCGUCCUUGCUACCAAGGUACUCGGCCAGAUGUUUGGCGAGAAACCCUCCGCCACGGCUGCCGAAAGCAGCGAUCUGGCGCGAAGAUACCUCAGCACUUGGCGAGCGUGGCUCGGAAGGGCCAACGACAAGUCGCCCAGUCUGCGCGUAAUUUGGGUCGAGUCCACCAAAUCUAUCCUCGUCAACCAUCCUGAACUGCGUCACGACUUGACGCCGAUCCUCGAAAGGAAGCUCCUCGAGCCGGACGAACGCGUGCGCGCCGCUACCGCCAAGAUGCUUGGCUCGCUCGACUACGAGACAGCGCUGCAUCACGUAGACAAGUCGGUGCUGCUCACAGUGGCAGACCGAUGCAAGGACAAAAAGACGCUCGUCCGCAAAGAGUCGCUUGAAGCCAUCGGCAAGCUUUUCGAUAUGGCUUUCUCGGAAAUCGACAACAACGACCCAGCGGCCAUUCAGCAGUUUGCAUGGAUUCCACAGGAGUUGUUCAAGUGCCUCUAUGCCGGCAGCAAUGAACUACAGGUGCUUGUAGCUGCCACAGUCGAAAAGUACAUCCUUCCAAUUCCGAGCAAUCUCGACGAGGACGAAGCAGCUUUCACCAACCGUCUAUUGCUGGUGAUGAAGUACCUCGAGCCUGAAGCUACCCGGGGGCUUUUCCGUCUCAGCAACCUCAUCUACACACGUCCCGCGCUGCCGGACCGCUUCAUCGAUUGCUGCGAGGAGUACAACGGAGGCGACGUGGCUCCCAACAAGGACUCGGCGGUGGUCAAGGCGGCUAUGGCCGAUCGAAUUCGACGCUGUGCAUCGCUUUUUGCCGACGCAGAACGCGCCAUGACGGAUCUGCACGCGUUCGCCAAGCUCAAUGACACGCGCAUCUACCGUCUCAUGCGCACCUGCUUUGACCCACAGACUGACUUUAGAACCGCCACAAAGGCGCGAAACGAUGCACUACGUCGCGUCGAGAACGCCAACGCUAGCAUUCUGGAUACGAUCACCAUCUUUAUCCGGAGCGCGUCGUACAUGAUCCUUAACCGAUCUUCGGUGCCGACGCUGAUCAAGAAGCUGUCGCACAAUGGUGGCUCGGCAUCGCAGCGAUCAAAGGCGGCUUCCACGUCUCAAUCUCAGUCUCAGUCGGGCGACUUGUCGGAUGCUGAGACGCAUCGGGCAACGGCCAACGAGCUGCUCGAGUUCAUCGCAAAGCGGUGUCCGGCGAUGCUGUCGAUGCACGUGCCCGAGCUGAGCAGAGCGCUGUUUGAAGACUCGAAUGCGAUGCUCACCCAGACUUGCUUGCAGGGUCUUGCGUCGGUGGCUCAGUGGAACGCUUCCAAGGUGCAGCUGGACAAGAAAGCGGUGGAGCGGCUGGCCAAGUUGGUGCUCAAGGGUACGCCGUUGCAGGCGAAAUUCGCGGCCAAGUUGCUGGCGAUUGUUGCUACUGGUGGCGUAAGGGGUGGGCGCAAAGCUGUGGGGCAGAAGGCGGGCACCGCGGGCAUGUCUGUGUCGAGCAGCGUUGCGUUUGGUGUGCUCGAAGAGGUGCUCGAUUCGGUUGCACAGCAACUGGCUGCUGCCAAGUGCGGACGACAGGUGGCGAUUCUGUACAGCUUGGCUCAGUUUUUCAAGCACGCUCCUGAUGCGUCGGAGAACGUGAGCAGUACAGUCGUGCGGACGAUGCUGUCGGACAUUCUGCUCAAGCCGUUGACAGCGAGCAAGGCGAAAGCGUACGCGAAUGACAGCGAGGAUUGGAUCGAGGAUGUGGCUGUGGAUGACGAGCUGAACGCCAAGCUUUUGUCGUUGCAGGUGUUGACGAGGAGGUGCGAGGCGUUUGGCGAGACGGACAGCGCAGGCGAUAUGGCCAAGCCCGUGUUUCGACUGUUGUGGGCGGUGGUGGGGGCAGGAGAAGCGAAAGCGCUCAAUACGCCAGCAGCGGCCAAGUCGCGGAUGCGUCUGCAAGCGGCUCUCUGCGUGCUCAAGUUGGCGCGCCACCCAAGUUACGAUGCGCUGAUCACGCGCGAGUACCUGGAUCUUGCUUUUAUGGUGCAAGACGAAUCGUUCAAUGUGCGUUCGCGUCUGCUGCACAAACUGCUCACUUACUUGCAAGCACGGCGCAUCGAUGGACGCUUCCUUGCCAUGAGUUUUCUGGCGGCUUACGAUCCCGAGGACGAGAACAGGAAUAUGGUGCUAAGGUACUGUCAAUCCAACUCGCGCGCUCUGCCUGCCGACCAACGACUCAAGCAUCUCGACGUAUCGUUUGCUCGCUUGAUCCAUCUGCUGGCACACCAUCCGGAUUUCUCAAGCGAGACAAACGAAGAUCUACUGCAGUUUGUCAGGUACUUGGACUUCUUCCUGGACUGCUUGGCGGGGGCUACAAACGUUUCGCUGUUUUACUACUUGGCCACCAGGGUUAAGGGCGUUCGGGAUGCCGAAAGCCAGCGCGCAAGCGAGAAGCUGUAUGCGCUGUCUGAACUGGCGCAGCUCGUUAUCCGGAAGAGGGCUGCACAGCACGGAUGGACUAUUGAAAGUUAUCCAGGCCGCGUUACGUUACCUGCCGACAUAUUCAAGCCACUCCCUAGUCGGGAUGUGCAAAGGGAAAUAUAUGAGCGCCAGUAUCUGCCUAACGAUCUUGUUCGGCACAUGUCCGAGUUCAAGCUAAAGACAAAACCGACCGUCGGUGCCAAGUCAAGGUGGGUUCCGGCGACUAGACCGCCAAACAACACAGCCCAGUCCAGCAAACGGCCUGCUAAGAAACCCAAGACACACAAUGCACACACCUCCCAGUCUAGCCUCCACGACCCCGAUCCUGAUGACUCGAGCGAUCUCACCGAGCCAGAAUAG